AGAGAUUUGCGGCUGAAAUACAGACGCCAUUAUAAAUCGACGCGGCAAAAUCAAAGCUAUAACGAGGUUGAGAAGGUCAAUUGGCUCUCUGACUUCACCAUCCUUCCCUUUUCCUUUUGCCGUUUGAAAAUUUGGCUUUCCGAUUUGCAUCUGAACUUGCAGACCAAUCAUGUCCGGAAGAUCAUCAAAUCGCUGCACCCUUUACGUAGGUAAUUUGGAUGAAAGGGUAAGCGACAAGGUUCUUUAUGACAUUCUAAUCCAAGCUGGGCGGGUAGUCGACUUGCACAUUCCUCGGGACAAGGAAUCUGGCAAACCCAAGGGUUUUGCUUUUGCAGAAUAUGAAAAUGAGGACAUUACCAACUAUGCUAUUAAGCUUUUCUCUGGUCUCGUGACUCUUCAUAAUCGUACCCUGAAGUUUGCAGUAUCUGGGCAAGACAAGCCUUCACCCAGUUCAUCAUCAAAUAUAUCUCAUAAAUCGAGGUCACAUAUUGUUUCAGAUUACUCCAAUGAAACAUCUCAGUAUUCGAAUCGCUUGUCAACGUCGUGCAGGUUUUCAGCGUACCCUGAGAACCAUCGAGAAGCUCUUCUUCACCCUGGUUUAGUUAACCAAUAUAAUGGGUAUGGAUUUCAUUUGGAUAACUAUAAUAACGAGCACAGUCAGCGAUAUUCUAGGACAACUUUGGAUAGCUUUUACCAAACUAAAUCACGUCGCCAUGAUACGAGUUAUCCAGUAUACUAUCCUCCUCACGAACUUUUGAACUAAGGCAGCUAGUACCUUCCAUUUUGGUUAAUCUCAAGUGUAAUUUAAGUUGUAGGCAAAGUUGGUUCUCUUAGAUGGAUGCAGAAGGGUUAAUGGAAAAUGAUAUGAUAUUUUUUGCUAUGGAGCAUGCUGGUCUAUGUUAUUCAAUACAGUCAUUUUGUUUGUGCACGUGUGCAUAUGAUUUGGCUGUCGUUAUAGUCAAUACACUAAUUGAAAAUUAAAAUAUUGUAAUCGAUGUUAUUAAAAUUUCAGAAUUUCUUUAAUUCCUGUUUAAUAUUAUGAAAGUAUAAAUGAUUCUUUUCCCGGUGGCUGAAA